AUGAUGAAUCGUAACGAGAACUCUGGCUGCAAGGCACUUUGGUCGAACACGCGCUUGGAGUGGUGUUAUUGGUGUCAUCUAAUUCGGAGUUCCAAAUGCAGCUUUGCCCUCUUUUUCGCCGUACUAUGUGUUCUGGCCAUCAUUGUGGGAAAUACUAUUUUACUUCUAGGUGUAAACUUUUGGUUGGAUUUAAUGGUAAAGGAAUCCACUGAGGGUUUCACUCCAAUUGCUGUUCAGGUAAUUGUUUGUUUAUUUCUUGUUUUAUGCUUUGGUGUCCUCAUUAUAGUUUAUAUUGCGGUGUACGGUAUAAAACCACUUGUGAGAGCGUUGUGUGACACAAACCGCGCGGGCAGCCCACUCUACCGCAUGCUUCUCAUAUUUUCUUCCGGUGCGACAAAUGGACUCUCGAGUGCUUUGGCCAUUUAUGCCAUGACUUACACACCAGAAUUUAUGCAAGCCGUGCUUUUGAGUGUCAUCCCCUUUUUUGCACAGAUUUGGACUUACGCAUUAGUGCGGGAGGAGCGAGACAGGUGCUACUCGUCCAUGACCCUCAUUGGUUCGUUGGUGUUGUGCAUAGCUGGUGUCCUUCUCGCAUCUCUAUCCUCCUUCUUUACCACUGACAUGUCGACCAAAAAAGCCCCAUGGGGUUGGGCUUUUGUGUACUUUUUGAGUUGUAUUGUGUUUGGUUUGUGGUGCGUUGUGCAGAGGUUGUAUUUUGACGCCAUCAUGAUUAAAGGGACGAAACCUCAAGAAGGGGAACGUGAACCGCACCAACCACUGUCUCAUCAGCACCCUGAAAUUACAAACUCUGGUAGAUAUGAGGGCAGAGGUGGGCAGAGGUUGCCCGCUGAGGCCGCUGCCGCAGGAGUUGAUGGGGUCACUCAGUCGAACGAAGUCGAAGAGGUGGCAUCGUCAGAAAAUGCUGAGAAUCCAAUGCUGAACCGUGAGUGGGCGAAGCAGGACGAAAAUGAUUUAGCUGCCAAGGCGCUUGUUCUGUUCCUUGGGAUCAUUUUUCAGGCAAUGGUUUCUUUUGCAUUUGUCCCAAUAGACGCCAUUCCAGGGUUUGGUAACUCCAAGGAUAUGAAAGAAUCGUGGAAAAACUUCAGUGCUACCUUCGACUUCGUAUUCGCCUCAUGGUUUAAUCUGCGAUUUGGCUUACUUCAUACCCUUGGGUUUCUAAUGAGUUUUAUUGGUUGUGCAUACCUAAAUGAGAGAUCUCCUCCGCUGGCCUCUGUUGUUCUCCAGUUGGCCGGCCCAAUCACAAGUCUUGUGCUUAUUAUUAUACCCGAAUGGGAUGUAUUUGGAGAGCAUGGCAUUUUGAGCCAUAAGGCAAGUGGCGUGAUUUUCUUAAUUAUCGCAGGUUGGGCGUACCAUGUCUGGGAGGUUGCAUACCCAAAUGCUUACAAAAGUGCUACGACAACAGCAGCAGUGAUGCGAGGCACGGGAAAUGUCUAA